UUUCAGUUCCAGUAUAAACUUGGCAUUUGCUGACGACGCUGACUUGACUGCUUGUUUUGCCUCGAAAUAUUGGUGUGACGUAACCAUGUGGCACGCCCACUACGGAUGGCUUGUAAGCCUGGCUUUCAGCGUUAUCUUCCUGAUGAGCCUGCAGGUGCUAACGGUAUCUGGGAUCGAGUGCUACGUCUGCGACACGAGCGAUACGGAGCAUCCGUUCCAGUGUGGCGAGUGGUUCGAGCGGUACGACGAGCCCGACAUCCAGCCCCAAAACUGUUCCAGUGUCCAUGGGGCGCAGUUCUGUGUGAAGCACGUGGGACGCUUUGAGGGCGGAAUCGGCGCGAAACGAUUCUGCAGCUCCAAGGACAUGGGAAACUAUUGUGACUAUGUGCGAAAUAAGGGCGAUCGCAUGGACUAUCGCAGUUGUAUUUACACUUGUGAUACCGACGGUUGCAAUGCCGCUGGAAGGCUGGAACUGGAAUGGGGUGUGGCAGCGGCCCUACUAACACUCACCUGGCUCUUACGAUGCUGACAGACGAGAGAGAAUUAAAGCCGCAUCUCAACUUUAUUUUUUUUGUUAAUUGUAAGAUGUAACAAAGUAACUGAAUCACAAACACACACUGUAGUAUAGAGAUAAUUAAAGAACACAAAACCAAAACCAAAAAAUUAUAAACAAAAAUCGAGAAAAAACAAUGUUUUUGUAUUCACGGG